UUCCUUUAAAUUCUUUUAAAUUGUUUUUGUACAUCACAUGUAGCAGAUCUUAAGAGGGCCCACAUAUCACAUCCAUCAGUAAUAAUGCACUUUUAAUGAUCACCGUAUUAAUGUAAACCACAGUGAGAGAGCUCAGCUGUCUUUUAUUUGAACCCAAAUUUAACAAGCUGAAGCUAAACAACAACACUGGACAAUUGGAACAAAUCAAACAAACACCAAUGUGGAAGUCAGUUAAGAGCCUACCGCGCUGUUUGGUUAGGCUACAUUGUACCAUGUGAUUCAACCUGGAAAGCACCGACACCUGGCUCGACAGGAGCUCCGCAGGGCGCAUGCGCUCUCUCUUUUAAUUUCGCUUUCUGUUUCCUUCUCGACUUCAGGGAAAGCGUAAAGUCCCCGCAAGUUUCGCGUGUGCGAUAAAAAAAUACAAUAAGACAGAGCAAUGGCCACACUCUGGGCAUGUUGAAGUGGACGACACACACCCUGUUCAGUCAGACCUGCUGAAGACUCGUCUCGGGUAUCGCUGCGCAGCCGAUUCCUUCAGGAAGCAGAGCAUCUAGUCAAAGUGUGGCGUUGGAUGGUGGUACCUUUCACUCUGUUGGACCUCGUGUGAUCAUGUGAUGUGCAUAAAAUGGAGUUCCAGAAGCUGCUGUUCGACAUUGGGAAAGCCCUGUGUAAGGAUGAGGUAAAAGCUUUGGCUUUUCUUUGCGCCGACCUCCUGGGCCGAAACGUGACCACGGUGGAGUCAGCCAGCGACCUCUUCUCUCGUCUGGCGGAUCAAGCCCACCUGUCUUCCGAGCGACCACACCUGCUCACUGAGCUUCUCCUGAUCAUCCAAAGGACACAUCUGGCCCGUCAAUUCAAUCUCACGGGCCAAGGAUCUACGACCAGGAGCCUCGUCUCUCCCUACAGGAAGCUGCUCUACAACCUGUCUGAGGAACUGACUGAUGCUGACUUGAAAAAUGUGAAGUUUUUGUUAGGCAAAAAGCUCCCACGUAGAUUUCAGGAAGAAAAUGUUAGUACUCUGGAGGUCUUCCGGCAGAUGGAGCACAUGGACCUCAUCAGUGACAUUAAUCUAGACUUACUGGAGACCGUAAUUAAGCCAGUCUGUCCCGCGUUGACAGAAAAGAUCACUCAGUUUAAAGCACAUUAUGUACCUCCCAUCAGUCCCGGAGCUCAAGAAACGGGUCAUCCAGGGUCUAGGACUUGCACCUAUGAACCAAACCAUGUCCCGCAUUCUCAUGGCAGGACUUUCUCAAACGAAAUGCCAGAACAUCCACUGGCUGAGUCUAGCUUGAAUUCUUCCAACACCUCUGUAGAUCGUCCAAAUAUGGUUCAUGGUGGAGGCGGACAUGAGGCCCUGCAACGUCAACUGAGUGCUUUAAGUACUGAAGAAAGCAACAGUGUCUGCUCUGAAGUGAGAAGUGAUGUUACGGAAAUGCUUCCUCAAAAACGGGAGAUGCCCCUGACUACCAACAUAAACACAAUUCUGGAGACAUAUCCCAUGACUGCAGCAAAGAGAGGCACUUGCUUGAUAAUUAACAACUAUGACUUCUCCGCAUCUCAAAAAGGUCUUCAGAGUCGAGAUGGGACCAUGACUGAUGAAGGGUGUCUGCACAAAGUGUUUGGGUGGCUUGGCUUUGAGAUAGAGACACACAGGGACUGUAAGGGCAACGACAUUCUGUCUGUGAUGAAGAAGCUCGGCAGCAGAGACCACAGUCAGAUGGACUGUGUGGUAUGUUGCAUCCUCAGCCACGGCGAGGAGGGAUGCGUGUACGGUGUGGACGGACACACCGUGGACAUUAGGGAGCUGAUGGAAUGUUUCAAUGGAUUAAAUUGCCGUUCUCUGGUCGAAAAACCAAAGCUGUUUUUCAUCCAGGCCUGUCAGGGCAAAAAAACACAGGCGUCUGUGUCCGUAGAGGCUGAUGGCCCUGCGUACAGGCUUGUUAAUAGCGAUGCUGUUGUAGCUAAAGACUCCAUUCCAUCUGAAGCAGAUUUUCUGUGUGGAAUGUCCACCGUUCGCUCUUACAUCUCUUACCGAGAGAAGAAAAACGGCACUUGGUAUAUUCAGUCCUUGUGCCAAAACCUUGUCCGGAUGGUGCCCAGAGGCUUUGACAUCGUGUCUAUCCUAACAAAAGUGAAUGCGGAUGUCAGCCAGAAGACUGAUGGGAGUGGUCAAAAAAAGCAGAUGCCUCAACCAUCCUUCUCACUCAGGAAGAAAGUGGUCUUUCCGAUUCCAAGAGACCCUCCUCCCGUUCUGUACCACUGAUGAAAUCAAUCUGCCAUCUUUUUAAUUGAGAUCAUUCCUUUAAAUGUAUAUAACUAUAUAACAAUAGCUGAGGCACUUCCGUUUGCUGAUGACGAAUGUGAGAUGUGGUGAAAGCUCCGAAAAAGCUAACAAGUGGACUUUCAGAUGAGAUGAUUUUGUUGUUUAUGAUUUAGUGCAUUGAGUGCAUGCACAAGUUCCAACUACAUGUUGAACUGCUUUAGCUAACCGUUCACAUUGAUUUAGGAGUAAAUGAAGCAUCUUUUUUAUUCUUUCAAGUUUAUUUAGCAUGUGCUUUCAGACGUGGCUAUUGGCCAAACUGUAUUUUAUUAUUUAUCCAUUUGUUCUGUUUGUUUAUAUGCAUGUAAUUGCACCUUUUAUUGCAUCCAUAAUUUGCUGAGUCUUCAAUGUAACUGUUGUAAGUAACCAUAAUCUUGUGUGUGGUUUUGGUACUGUUUUUUUUUUGUUUUAUGGAACUAUAAUUUUAAUAGGCCUUUUUCAUAUUUGAUGUUUUUGACAUGUCACAGAAGGAGUAGCAGGUGUAAACUAUAAAAUGAAUGAAGGCUGAAUUCCAUUUAGCUGCUUCAGUGCCAGGGUUCUGGUUUUGUUUAUGCUGGCAAAUGGCACACUUGAAUACCCCGGAGCCAUUCAUUGUUAAUAUAACAACUGUGAUUUUCAAGCAAUUUGAAUGUGUCACCUCGAGCUCAGAGGAUUGUUGUUUGUUUGUUUUACAUUUUUCUUACUCAAAUAAACAAAUGAAUGAAGACAGA